CGCCAGGGCGGGCGGAGCUAAACCAGCUGAGAGGAAGACGGCAGCUCCACCGGCCGCCAACGCCAGGCGCUAGUCGCAAUAUUAUCUCAACGAAAAAACCACGGGCUGCACCGGCACCUGCCGUCGUCGUGAGAGAUGCUGACCUCAACCUGUCAGUGAGCCGACCCCGUCGUCCCCGGCCAGCCGUAACAGGACAGCAGGACUCAGAGAACCAGGGGCCCGUCAUCAUGGCUGCCAGCCGGCACAGGGCCCCCGCCGCAGGCUCCGAGGGCCCGGCCGAGGCCAAGAGGACCGAGCUCAGGGUCAAUGAGAAGAAAUGCUCCUGGGCCUCCUACAUGACCAAUUCCCCAACUGUGAUCGUGAUGAUUGGCUUGCCUGCCCGGGGGAAAACCUACAUGUCCAAGAAGUUGACCCGCUACCUCAAUUGGAUUGGAGUGCCAACCAAGGUGUUUAACCUCGGGGUUUAUAGAAGAGAAGCAGUGAAGUCUUAUAAGUCAUAUGACUUCUUCAGACAUGAUAAUAAAGAAGCCAUGCAGAUUAGAAAGCAGUGUGCUCUGGUGGCGCUGCAGGAUGUCAAGGCCUAUCUGAGUAAGGAAGGAGGCCAGAUCGCUGUUUUUGAUGCCACUAACACCACCAGAGAAAGGCGGGAACUCAUCCUUAACUUUGCAAAAGAUAAUUCUUACAAGGUGUUUUUCGUGGAGUCAGUAUGUGAUGAUCCAGAUGUCAUAGCUGCAAAUAUCCUGGAUGUGAAGGUGUCCAGCCCAGAUUACCCAGAGAGAGACAGAGAAAGCGUCAUGGAGGAUUUUCUGAAGAGAAUAGAAUGCUAUAAAGUGACCUACCAACCUUUAGAUCCAGACGAACACGACAAGAACUUGUCCUUCAUCCAGGUCAUCAACGUUGGCCGUCGUUUCUUGGUAAACAGGGUGCAGGACUACAUCCAGAGCAAGAUUGUCUACUACCUCAUGAACAUCCACGUGCACUCCCACUCCAUCUAUCUGUGCCGGCAUGGAGAGACGCAUCACAACCAGGAGGGACGCCUUGGAGGAGACUCUGAACUGUCUGAUAGAGGGAAACAGUUUGCAGCAGCUCUAAAGGAUUUUGUGGAGGAGCACCAUUUGUCAGACCUGAAAGUUUGGACCAGCCAGCUGAGACGCACCAUCCAGACAGCGGAGGAGCUGGGUGUGCCCUACGAACAGUGGAAGAUCCUGAAUGAAAUAGAUGCUGGUGUGUGUGAGGAGAUGACCUAUAAGAUGAUUGAGGAGACAUACCCAGAGGAAUUUGCCAUGAGAGACCAGGACAAGUACCACUACCGCUACCCUGGGGGAGAGUCAUACCAGGACCUUGUCCAGCGGCUGGAGCCGGUCAUCAUGGAGCUGGAGAGACAGGGCAACGUGCUCGUCAUCUGUCAUCAGGCAGUCAUGCGCUGUUUACUUGCCUAUUUCCUGGACAAGAGUGCAGAUGACCUGCCCUACUUGAAGUGCCCCCUGCACACUGUCCUGAAACUUACCCCUGUGGCUUAUGGUUGUAAAGUGGACAUAUUUGACUUGAAGGUGGAAGCUGUCAACACUCACAGGGACAGACCAUUUGAAAAAGCCCGAACUGAUUCUGCGCCACCAAUCUUCCUGAGACGCAACAGCUUCACCCCGCUGUCCAGUCAGGACCAGGUUAAGCGACCUCGUCUCUACAGCGUGGGCAACCCUCCACACACCCGCAUGUCCCAAGCCCCGUCUCUACCCAUCAUGCCUUUCUCUGAGGCAUCUGAGGGGGCAGAGAUGCUGCAAAGCCAAGACUCCCUGAACUGUUUCAGUCCAGCAGACGCAGACGACUGUGUUCGUAGUUAAAGAGGCAUGAACGAUAGGUGCCUGGGCGCUUUCAUCUUCGCUUAUCUCUUGAUGUGGAACAUCUGCACUGUCCGUUUCCAGUCCCUCUUCAUCUACGCACAGCCUCAGACGGAGCUAUCAGCAAUGCUCAGGACCAGCAGUGUGAAUUCUAGGCCAGCUUCUUUAGAUCGUUAAGCACUGUAUUAAACACAGCUUCCUUCCACUAGAUAAUAUGUGAAAGUGGUAGGGGCCUCUCUGUCAUCAACUUGCUUUUUUUUUUUUUUU